GUACGUCAUAGCUCAUUUGUUUGUUUUUUUAGAUCUAACAAGAAAAACAAGCACCAGUUUCAGCGUUUCAGAUAGUGCCGGUGAAGUUAGGACUUCUUCAGUUUUGUGAUUAGUGUAUUUUGUGGGAAGAAUGGCCUCUUUGUCAAAAUCUGGUUACGACACGCAUGACGAUGGUCCAGGUUUCGUUGGCAUUAGGUUCUGUCAAGAAUGUAACAACAUGCUUUACCCCAAAGAAGAUAAAGAAAAUAAGGUCCUUUUGUAUGCGUGUCGAAAUUGUGAUUACAAGCAAUUAGCAGACAGUAACUGCAUUUACGUCAACAAAAUCAUGCACGAAAUUGACGAGCUUACUCAUAUAGUUGCUGAUGUCAUAUCAGACCCUACCCUGCCUAGAACAGAAGAACAUCCUUGCCCCAAAUGCAAUCACAGAGAAGCAGUGUUUUUCCAAGCACAAACACGCCGUGCUGAGGAAGAGAUGAGGCUGUACUAUGUAUGCACCAAUCAGCAUUGCACACAUCGUUGGACUGAAUGAAUACAUAUAUUUCUCCUCACCAAUCACCUAUGAAGAUCAUACUGCCAUCAAAUUUGUGUUAUCUACUUCAGCAUCUUCUGUAAAAUCAUUUUGUUAUCUAGACUCCUUUCCAGCGCUUGCUAUUUAAUUCUUAAUUUAUAACUUAUCGUGAAAAAAUGAGCCAUGACUUUUCUCGCCUACUCUGUUGUAUAAUUAAAGCAAUGUAAAUUUCA